CCAGAGUGACUGCUGCAGCUGUCUCCGGGCGGCCACUCGCUUGCAUCAGGACAAGAGGGAGGGGGAGACAAGGAGGCUUGCGAUCCCAAGGGCUCCUGCAGCGUCUUCCAUCCCACUCAUGUCCCUUCCUUAAGGAAAGAGAAGGAGAAAGAAGGACGAACCGGUGCUCCUGCCUAACAGAUCAGAAAGAAAUGCUGAAAUUAAGCAAAGCUCCCUUUUGACUUGGAUAUUUAUCAUGGGCAUCCAGAAUUCUAAAAUAGACUCCUGCCCUCUUUCCACUUUUCCAAGGAGGAAGAGCACGGAUUCUAAACAAGAGGCCAAACACUCUGAGGAUAUUAAAGGGAGUCGUAGUGACAAGGACCUGAACAAACUAAAAGAAGAGGAAGAAAAGGAGGAGGAGGAGGAGGAAGAGGAGAGAGCAGAAGAGCUACCUAAAGACGACUUGGAAGAAGAGAUAUUCUUUAAGUUUGUGAUUCUGCAUGCUGAAGAUGAUACCUGUGAAGCCCUCAGAGUCCAAGGGAUGCUGCAAAAUCAAUUUGGCAUUAAACCCGGAAUAAUCUACGCUGAAAUGCCAUGUGGCAGACAGCACUUACAGAAUUUAGACGAUGCCGUAAACGGGUCUGCGUGGACCAUUUUUUUAUUGACUGAAAACUUUUUAAGGGAUACUUGGUGCAAUUUCCAGUUCUACACAUCCCUAAUGAACUCCAUUAAUAAACAACAUAAAUACAAUUCUGUCAUACCAAUGAGGCCGUUAAAUAAUCCUCUGCCCCGGGAUAGGACUCCAUUUGCCUUACAGACUAUCAAUGCUCUGGAAGAAGAAAGUUGUGGCUUUCGUAAACAAGUAGAAAAAAUUUUCCAGGACUCUGUGUAUGAGAAACAAAAAGCCAUAUGGAAAGAUUCAAAAAACAUGGUAGAUACUUAGAAAAGUAAGAAGAGUAGGACAUUUUAGGGAAUGAAACAAAACAAAAUUACAUAAUUGGGGGCGGGGAUGAUAAAGUGAUGUUGUCAUUUUAUAACAUCUUCCAGAAAAGUUAAAAUAAAAUUUCUAAGAAAGUAGAAAUAAGAAUGAUAUUUUUUUUCUGGGAAAAGGCAUUGGCACUGAAAACCUAUGGAAUUAGAAUGCUUCUCUAAACAAGCACUAACCAUUUUGAUUAUUCUGUUUCCGGGAAUGGGUCUAAUGUUUUUCCCCUUGAUUUAAGGAUGUGACAAAGGAUGUACUUUUAACUAACUUUUGGCAUUCCUUGUUUUAUCCUCUUCCUUGAUGGGUGUUCUCCUUUGAUUCAGUGUAGUGUAGUAGAAAGUAUGCCAGCUUUAGAGUCAGAAGACCUUGGUUUAUAUCUCAGGCCUGACAUUUAAUUUGUGUGUGAUAGCCUCUCUGCCUUAAUUUCCUCAUCUGUAAAAUGAGGGAGUUGAACUAGUUGGCUUCUACAGUCCCUUCCAACUCUCUAUC